AUGCGGCUUCAUGGUGAAGACCGUUGGCAUUCGGUGAUACCAGAAGGCUCAAGUACUUGGGGUCGGAAUUUCGUUAGAUCUGUCACAUUCAGAGAUUCGUCAGUUCAUCUUUAUUUCGAAGUUCGAACACUCGCUACCAUUUUCUCAUUUUUCUCUCUCUUUCUCAAGGCUCCGCUUGUACGAGUAGGCUCCCCCUAUGAACUGUGUAUCUGCACGGGUUCACUGCUGGUGAAACUGAAAUCAGUGGCCGCUGGGGUGAAUGUAUGCAAACUCAUACUUAACAUCAAUCGUACAUGCGGACGAAAACGGUUGAAUUGA